AUGGCUCUGCAGAGGAAUCCUAUCGAAGCUGGGCUUCUGACCGGCUGUGGUGAAAUUGUACUAAUACCGCGUAUACCAGUUAUCCCCAACAAUUUACGUUUCAACAGGGAAUUCCUUCAGUAUGGCAUCAGUCGGACGAACCUAUUUUUCGCCGGUCUAUCCCAUCUACCAGACUACGUAGUGUCUGUGUCGGGUACGCUGGACCCGUACUUCGACGUGUCUCCUGGUUCUGACCCAUCUAAGGCAACCAACAAAGCUCCAGUAUAUGUGCUCCAAAAUCAACCGAGGUGUACCGCUUUAGGGGCAUUCGAAGACAGUCCUACUGAAGCAAUUAGACAAUUGAGAAUGAACGUGAUGAACGAUAUACAUUACUUCAUCCAAGGCGUUCCCUUCGCAGGAGCUACCCGAGUUUUGAGCUCUGUAGUAUUAGUAAUAGGUGUCAUUAUUGCAUUCACCCUGUGAUUUGAUGGUUAACUUAAUUUGUAUAAUAAUAUAUGCUCGUAGACCUUCGGUGAUCGGAGUAGGUAGAUUAUUUUUUAAUGCUUCCACCAUAAAUGCAAAGAAG